UAAUUUGCAUGCUCUUAUGGGGGUAUCCUGAGUUAAUAGUGGUUAGGGUCGGCGUUAGCUUAGUAUAAUAGGUCUUUUCCAGUCUUAGUUGUUUGCAACGCUGUUUAGAACGAAAUAAAACCUUCGAAAAUCUGAAACUGAAUAAGGUAAAAAAUAUCGAAAAUUAUGAGAGAUGUGAAUUUCAGUCAGUUUUAAGCUGUUAGUGUUAUUUUGUCAGUCGCAGUUAGUAUUCUAUCCAGCAAUUAACUAGAAGUCAGCUCCCUUGGUGAUGAUUAAAUGAACCAGCGUAAUGAAAAUAUACCUAUAUGUAGAAACUAAGUUAGUUUCAAAGUCCCGAUUCGUCCCCCUCAGUUUCAAAGUCCCAGUUCUAAGUCCCCCUUUCUAUGUCUCAGAAACUAAGUUUUUAUUUACACAACAUGAUCAAAAGAGUCAAGAAUGAGGUUAUCUUUAACUUAUCCUAUAGUGAGAUUCGACUUUAACUCUAAAUCGAUGUGCAUAACGAAUUUCUUUACGACCCAUAGGGUCAAUUGUGUUUUUUGUCAAACUUUCAGGUGUGAGACUUAAAAGAAGUCAAAUACUUGAAAAAAUGACCACUAAAAAGUUAAAAAUACACUUGUUGAUAAAAAACUCAAAAAAUCUCUCCUUUUCCCAAUCUCUCCUCUUCCCAAUCCUCCUCUUUGUUAAACUAGUCAUCCAAAAGAUCUCUCUUAACACCAUCAAGUAUUUUUACAACUUCCUCUGCUUUUUCGAGUACUCGCCUUCUUACUUUUUUCAAUGCA